AUGUCCUUCAACACGGGUGUAAUCCGCUUUGUCCUUGCCGAGAUUGGUGGUCACCGACAGCUGGGCGGAGACGUCUCCAUCCGCAGAGAUGGCCCCCACGACCGUGGUAUCGUGAAGGCGGACUUGGCGGUUAGCGGGGUGGCUGAUCUCGAAUUCCACGAGACACUCGACCUGGGAAGUGGGGAGGCGCAGGCUCACGUCAUCGCUCGUCAAAUCGACAAUGGGGUGUUUGGGACAGCCAGAUCCAACAAAUCUGGUGUUUAUGAUCUUGAUUUCAUCCACGGUCGUCGUUCCUACCGUGGCUGUGACGGCGAGGCCCAGGAAUGCGAGCAAUACUCGAGGAUGCAUUGUGAAGACGCUUGCGAGGACGGCAACAAGGGAUGGUAUUUCCACGAAUUGGAGAUUUUCUGCAACGAAGGCGAGAUUCACAAGAUCAAGGGAACAAAGAAGGGUCGUGGUGGCAGUGAUGAGAUAAAACAGCUAAACAAUAGAAGCAUGGGGUAUUGA